AUGGCUGAGAAAGAAGGAUCGGCGGUGCCACCCCAGGCCAGAGGCUCAUGGACGAGCUUCCUCAAGUCCAUCGCGUCCUUCAAUGGCGACCUGUCCACGAUGACGGCGCCUGCCUUUAUUCUCUCCACAAAGUCGCUCACCGAGUUCUCCUCAUACUGGACCGAACACCCCUCCGUCUUCGUCGCACCGGCCGCCGAGAAGGACCCUGCCAAGCGGGCCAUGCUGGUGCUGAAGUGGUUCCUGAGCACACUGAAGCAGCAGUACGCCAGUCGGUCGGAAAAGCUGGGUAGCGAGAAGAAGCCUCUGAACCCCUUCCUGGGCGAGCUGUUCCUGGGCAAGUGGGAGGACCAGGCAGGCACAACACAGCUCGUCAGCGAGCAAGUCAGUCAUCAUCCACCCGUCACGGCUUACUCCAUCUGGAACGACCAACACGGCGUCCGGCUAGAGGGUUACAACGCGCAGAAGGCGUCCUUCAAGACCACCAUCAAUGUCAAGCAAAUCGGACAUGCCAUGCUCCACCUCGACAACUACAACGAAAGCUACCUCAUCACCCUCCCCGCCCUCCACAUCGAAGGCCUCAUCACAGGCUCCCCCUACGUCGAGCUCAACAGCAGCACCUACAUCCAAUCCUCCACCGGCUACACCGCGCGCAUUGACUACAGCGGCAAGGGCUGGGUCUCUGGAAAGAAGAACUCGUUCACCGCCGUGCUAUACCCUGAGGGCAAGGAGAAGGAAGCCAUCUACAAGGCCGACGGCCAGUGGACCGACUCGUUCCAGAUCAAGGAUGCCAAGACCAAGGCCGUCGUGGACACAUUCGACCACAAGUCCACAAAAACAACGCCCCUCACCGUCGCCGCCAUCGAGCAACAAGACGACUUCGAGACACGGCGCGCGUGGAAGAAGGUGUCGGAUGCGAUUAACAGUGGCAACAUGGACCUGACGAGUGCGGAGAAGACUAUCAUCGAGACCCGCCAGCGCGAGAUGCGACAACAAGAGAAGGAGGCUGGCAAGGAGUGGGAGCGCAAGUUCUUCUCAAAAGCACCAAAGUACCCGUUGUUCGAGCAGCUGGCCAAGAAGAUUGGCGAGGGCAUCAAUGAUGGGCAGACGAAUGGUGUGUGGAACUUUGAUAAGCAGAAGGCGGAUGCGGCGAAGAGCCCGUUUCACCCGGAUGUUGUGCCGCCGAUUUAUGAGAGGAAGUGA